UUGAACCUUUGACUCUACCAUCGUGAUUAACUUCAUGUUGGCCCCAGCUCUGUUACCUCGACAGUAACCAAGCGCAGGAGAGAUCCAGUAGGUUAGAAUCGGCCAAAUAAUUGACCUACGGUAUUCUAGAGGAGCGAGAAUAGGCAGCAACCGCGUUUACAUGAAUUCAUCCUUACAUGAUUUAUAAAAUAACCCUCCUCCCCCCGUAACGCGGGGGUUGCUUGUCUUGCAGAAUUAUCCGCGGCACCGGUUUAGAAUAGUUUCCCAGGUUUCGGUGAUCCGAUUAAAACGUUAACAUUCUGAGUGAGGCGGAAGUGCUUUGACUGGUGUUUGUGGGAGGUGGGAGGAAAAUUGAAACUCUUAAGAGGACUUCGUUGAUUCGCUGUUUGCGAACAGUUGGAUCGGUUCCUGCCGUGACUUUAGGAAUCAGGGUCUCGCCAGGAGAAGCCAGAUUCACGCCAGUGGCUGUGACCGCUCUGGAAAUGUCUUGGACCCACUCCCUGCGCUCUUUCUCGGUUCGGAACCGGCUGCUGCUCGGAAUCCGUGUCAUCUGCCCCUCUCUUCGGUACAAGUCGGGCGCCAGGUCGCCGGUGGAUCUGGGUGCCGUGACCGAGCCACCCGUGCGGGAUCAGAAGAACGUUCAGGACAUUCCCAGUUACGGUUUACUCUCGAAUACCUACUGGUACUUCAUUAAGGGAUUCUACGAGAAAACACACGAAUUACAGAUUGCGCAUAAGAAGAAGUUUGGUCCCAUCUGGAAAUCUAGUAUCGGAGACCUUUCUGUCAUCCAUGUGGCCGAUUCUGACAUGAUUGAGGAAAUUCUGCGGCAGGAAGGCAAAUAUCCCAUCAGAGCCUACAUGCCUCACUGGCGAGAGUAUAGGGAGAUGAGAGGACACAGCUAUGGACCACUCUGUGAGUAUGGUCAAGAGUGGAAUAACAUACGCAGCAUGUUGAACCCCAAGUUGCUGAAGCCCAAGGAGGUGGCCAAUUAUUCUCCAGCCAUCAACGAGGUGGUGACUGACUUUAUGAGGAAGAUACGUUGGCUGAGGCAGACCCAAGGAGGGGGACAGGUGGUGUACGACAUCUCCGAUCAGCUCUACAAUUUUGCAUUUGAAGGUAUUGGAGUUCAUAGAAUCUUUAAUUGCAGGAAAGACUCUUGGAUGUGGGGAUCAGGGUGGCACAGUGGUGUGGUGGUUGGCGUAUUGCUUCUCAGCGCCAUAGGGGGUCAGUUCCCACCACAGUCUGAAAAGGGUUUCCGCGUGAGUUUCUGUGGCUUCUCUGGUUUCCUCCCUCACACCAAAGGGUAG